AUAAGAAAUCAAGCCAUUCUCCAAUUGAUAAAUGGUCGAAGGAUAUGAACAAUUUUCAGAUGAUGAAAUUGAAACUAUUUGUACUCAUAUGAGUGUUCCAAAUCACUAUUGAUCAGAGAAAUGCAAAUUAAGAUAACUCUGAGACACCAUUACACACCUGUCAGAUUGGCUAAGAUCACAGGAAAAGCUAGUGACAAAUGUUGUAGGGGAUGAGGGAAAACUGGGACAUUGAUGUAUUGUUGGUGGAGUUGUGAAGGAAUCCAACCAUUCUGGAGAGCAAUCAGGAAUUAUGCCCAAAAAGUUAACAAACUGUGCAUACCCUUUGAUCCAGCAGUGUUACUACUGGGCUUAUAUCCCAAAGAGAUACUAAAGAAGGGAAAGGGACCUGUAAAGGGACCUGUAUGUGCCAAAAUGUUUGUGGCUAGAAAUUGGAAAUUGAAUGGAUGCCCAUCAAUUGGAGAAUGGUUAGGUAAAUUGUGAUAUAUGAAUAUUAUGGAAUAUUACUGUUCUGUGAGAAAUGAUCAGCAGGAUGAAUAUAGAGAGGCCUGGAGAGACUUACAUGAACUGAUGCUAAGUGAAAUGAGCAGAACCAGGAGAUCAUUAUACACUUCAAUAGUGAUACUGUUUGAGGAUGUAUUCUGAUGGAAGUGGAUUUCUUAGACAAAGAGAAGAUCCAAUUCAGUUCCAAUUGAUCAAUGAUGGACAGAAUCAGCUAUACCCAGAGAAGGGACACUGGGAAAUGAACGUGGACUACUUGCAUUUUUGUUUUUCUUUCCAAGUUAUUUUUACCUUUUCUUAUGCAACAAGAGAACUGUACAGAUCUGCACACAUAUAUUGUAUCUAAGAUUACUUUAACAUGUUUAACAUGAAUGAGACUGCCUGCCAUUUAGGGGAGGGAUGGAGGGAGAGAAGGGAAAAGUUGGAACAGAAGUGAGUGCAAGGGACAAUAUUGCAAAAAUUAUCCAUGCAUAUGUUCUGUCAAUAAAAAGCUAUAAUAAAAAAGGAAAAAAUGCUCCCAAUGUAAAAAAAAAAAAAAAAAAGUGAAUGACUGCCCUCAAUUAGAGACCAAACUCACCGGGAUUGAAGCCUGCCCAAAUAGCUUGGGCCAAGGAACAGAAGAGAGAAUCUCUAUAAUACCUUCAGCCCUUAUAGAAACCCAGGACCUCAAGGUAGAAAAUAAAAAGUACUUUGCAAUUUUUAAAGUACUACAUAAAUACUAGCUGUUAUCUGUGAGACAGCAAAGUGAUACAAAGUUAGAGGGUGUUAACAAAAUUCUACAGUCUUGGUUUUUAAACUUUGAGAAGCUGGAGCCACACAAAACAGAGACAGGCUUUAGAGAUCAAGUAGCAGUUUAAUUAAUCUCUAUCAGAAUGAGAAAUAUAGUUUGCAUGUUGGAAGUUUUCCUGGGCAGGAACCUCUUUCUGUUGCAGGAAAGGUAGAGAUUUUAUACACAAAUCAUAAGUAGGAAGGGGGGGGAGAAAGUGGAUUGCCAUACAAUCAUUUUCAGAGCCUAACUGCUCUCCCAUGACAAACUCAGGAAUCCAGGACAAUAGGGGUGUUCUCCAGUCCCAUAAGAACAGUCGAUAAAUGAUUGUUUCAAAUCAUAGGUUGUCACAGGUUGUUACUUGGUGGGGAACUGGAUCUGAGUUCUGGAGAAUGUUGUUAAGAAUUGAUUGAUCAUUUUAUGCUGCAUUGUGAGACUCCCAGGCCAGAAGCAUCUCUGAGAAAUCUAAAUUAUUAAUAUAUUCAUUACACAAAUUAUCUUGAUAAUUAUGAAAAUCAUUAUGAUUUUUCGUCAAGGACCAGCCUUAGAAACAGCAAUCCUUGGGUUUAAGACUUGCCUCUGACACAUGUCAUAGGUGUCAUGACACAAUGUCAUAGGUAAAUCAUGCGCCAGUCAUGCUUUGUGACAGAGGUAAAUCACCUGUCAGGGCCUCCAUUUAAUUCUUUAAAAAGACGGUAAAUUGCAAAUAGAUUGAUGACUUCCUUUGGUAGAGGAAGUUUCCAUACUUGAAUUUCUUUGAGGGAUGAAUACAGAUUUAAGCCAGUCACAGCCUCUUCCCUUCCCCGUUCUUCCCCCCAGGUGAAAGUUUAUUCAGACAUCUCAGUUUUCUCCUCUGAGUCUGACAUCCUCUGUAUAAUUAGAGUAUCGGACUGGAUGAAUGACAUACUAAAAUUCCUUCCAGCUCUAAAUUCUAUGAUCCCUUUUGGGUGCGAUUGAACCCUGGUGCUCCUAGCUUCCCACCCCGCUGCAGAACCAUCCGUUCGGGUACGAAAGCUUUUGCGAGACAGAAAGCCUGGCUGAAAAAGGAAAUUCCCCAAUUCGGAGCUGAGUGGAGCCGCUUGGGAACAGCAGGUGGAAAAGCCUAGGCGCUAAUCCCGAGACAGCUCUUGGAAGGAGGAGCCUGGGGAAAAGGAGGGGAGGGGCUGGAGAGUCCUGCAAGUGCCCCCCACCCCCACCCCAGGUCCUCGGCCGAGCCCAGCCCAGCGGGGUCCCCGAGGGCGCCCGGGUGGCAGCCCCGCCGCCGCCGCCGCCGGGCAGGAGCCGGGGCCCGCAGCCCGCCGAGCCUCCCGGGGCACCAUGGACUGGCUCGCUCAGCGCUGGCCGCCGCUUGCUGCUCAGAGCUGCCUUCGCCCCGGCUGCCUCUUUUGGCUCCUGGUGGCAAUGGCCUUCCUCCUGUCAUACCCUAUGCUGAGGACCAUCAGCCUCCAACUCCACUCAGCGGUUACUGGCAGUUACCUCUCUGGGACUCACUCAGUUGCCUUUGUCAACUGCCCCAAUGAACAGAUUGCCAGAGACAUAGCCAGAACCAUCCUAGAUAAGAAGCUGGCUGCCUGUGUGAAUAUCUUGCCGAGGGCCUCCUCUCUGUAUUUUUGGAAGGGAGAGAUUGAAGAAGCUACUGAAAUCCUUUUGUUAGUGAAAACGAAGACUUCCAAAAUACAUGAACUCUCUAACUACAUCAGAUCAGUUCAUCCUUUUGAAAUUCCUGAACUCUUCAGCCUUCCCAUCGACCAAGGAAAUCCUGUUUAUUUAAAGUGGAUUGAGGAAGGAGUAGCUGAGGACUGAGCAGAAGUCCACUCCACUUUCUGGUGUGACAGUUUUCACAUUGCUGUCUUUCACAGUGGGAAGAGCUUUCUAGAGAGCUGGGCAGGAAUAGAGACAGUUGUUGUCCUUUGGAUUGCAACACAUUUAGAAGAUAAUUAACUUAUGGAUUCUGAUGCUUUAUGUUAGCUCUUUGCCCAUUUCAGGUAAUGAGCAGAAGAAGUGAAAACAUAUUGAAUGGGAGAGAAGAAACUAUGUACUUCGACCCCUUCUUUCCCCUCAUGAUGAGAAUUUAAUUCUUUAAGGGGCUUGUGAGGGUUCGACCCUGCCUCUCUUCCCUAUAACCUACUACCAUAUACACUUCCAGAUAUACCACCAAUCCUUUGAAUGUCCUCUUUUCUCAGAAAGAAGCCCUUAGCAAAAAAUGGAAACUAGGCUAAAAAAGGUCUGCUUUUCAGUUGCCUUUAUUGCCUCUCUUAGGAAGAAAUCUGGUAAACUAAUUUUUACUCUUAAGUUAUGGAGCUAAAUAUGAUUUUUCCUCAAAAAUACUUUUUUCCUUUUAAAUUAUUUUAUUUUUCCCAAUUGCAUAUAAAACAUUUUUAACCUUCAUUCUUAAUGGUUUUGAGUUUUAAAUUUUCUUUUGCCCUCCUUCCUUUUCUCUUUCAUUGAAAAGGCAAGCAAAUUGUUAGUUAUAUAUAUGAUAGUCUUGCAAAACAUAUUUCCACAUCAAUCAAGUUUUGAAAGAAAACACAGAACAAAAAAAGCCCACAAAAAUUAGUUUUUUUAAAAGUAUGCUUUGAUCUGCAUUCAGAUUCCAUUAGUUCUUUUCCUGGAGGUAGAUGGCAUUUUUCAUUAUAAGUUCUCCAGAAUUGUCUUAGAUCAUUGUAUUGCUGCAAUAGUUAAAUCAUUCACAUUGACCAUCAUACAAUAUUGCUAUUACUAUGUACAGCUCACUUCACUUUGUAUCAGUUCAUGUGAUUCUUUCCAGGCUUUUCUGAAAACAUCCUGCUUGUCAUUUCUUAUAGUACAAUAGUAUUCUAUCAUAAUCAUAUGUCACAACCUAUUCAGCCACUUCCCAAUUGAUGGACAUUUCCUCAGUCUCCAAUUCUUUGCUACCAUAAGAAGAGCAGCUAUUAAUAUUUUUGUACAUAUAGGCCCUUUUCCCUUUUUUUUUUUUUGAGGGGAAGGAGAAUCUUGUUGGAAUAUAGACCUAAUAGCGCUAUUGCUGAGUCAAAGGGAAGAUAUAGAUCUAGUAGAGAUAUUCCUGAAUCAAAGGGUAUACAUGGUUUGGACAUAGUUUCGAGUUCACAAUUCUACCAACAAUGAAUUACUUUCUCAAUUUUCCCACAUCCCCUUUAACAUUUGUCAUUUUCCUUUUCUGUCAUAUUAGCCAAUCUGAUGGAUGUGGAGCAGUACCUCAGAGUUGUUUGGAUUUGCAUUGCUCUAAUCAAUAGUGAUUUGGAGCAUUUUUGUAUGACAAUAUAUAGCUUUGAUUACUUCAUCUGAAAAUUGCUCAUUCAUAUCCUUUGACUCUUUAUCAAUUGAGGAAUAACUUGUAUUCUUAGAAAUUUGACUUAGUUCUCUAUAUAUUUGAGAAAAUGAGGCUGGUAUCAGAGAAAUUUAUUUUAAAUCCCCCUCUCUCACUCCAGUUUUCUUCUUUCCUUUUAAUCUUGGCUGCAAUUGGUUUUGUGUGUGCAAAACUUUUUUUUAAAUUUAAUGUAAUCAAAAGUAUCCAUUUUACAUCUUGUAAUGUACUUUUUCUCUGAUUUGAUCAUGAAUUCUUCCCUUAUCCAUAGAUCUGACAGAUAAACUCUUCCACAGUCUCCUAAUUUGUUUAUGGUAUCACCCUCUAUGUCUAAAGCUGGUAUACAGUGUGAGAUGUUGGUCUAUAUUUAACUCCUGCCAAAUUACUUUCCAGUUUUCCCAGUAAUAUAUGUCCCCAAAGUAUGGAUCUUGAGGUUUAUCAAAUAAUAGAUCACAGUGAUCAUUAGUAAAUGGAUGUAUUCUAUUCCACUGAUCCCCUACGCUAUUUCUUAGCCAGUACCAGAUUGUUUUUAUGAUUACCACUCUGUAAUCCAGUUUGAGAUCUGCCAUAGCUAAGUUAUAAAAGGGGAAUUUAAAAAGAGCUUGAAGAGGGCAAUGUUUAACCCAAAAUAAUACUUUUCAAGAUUCUCUGUAGUGGAUGGAGGGGGGAGCUUUCCCAAUCUCCUCAAAACACCCUUGCCCUGACAAAUCUUAUCCUUGUUCAUGCUGAUCCUGGGAAAUAUUUAGACUUUCCUGGACAGAAAUCCACAUCCCUAAAAAGAGAGAAUAUUGGUAGCAAUCCAGAAGAUGAUGAAGGGCAUCUCCAGCAAUGAAAGAAAGGGAUUUGGUAUUUGAACUCCUCUCUUUCUGUAUUGGGGAUAAAAUAGUUAUCCAGGACCUCUAGACUACAUAUGAUCACUUUCUAACCUUGUGUGGCUAACAAAAGGACCAGUUUGAAAAAAAAGAAUUCAUGUUGGAUUUGAAGAAAACAAAUGGCCAAAUACCAGAUAUAGACAGAAUAAGCAUGAGUAAGGCAUCCUUCGUAGUACUCACAAUGCUAACCUCUGGUUUAGACAUUGCGUCUGAGAAUUGUGGAAUUAGAGCAUGAUAGAGACUGAAGUACCUUAGGGAUUAAAAUUGACAUUUUACAGAUAAGAACCCUAAGGCUCAGAAAGACAGGGUGACUAACUCAGGUUUACCCAGCCAGUAAUUGCCAAACUGUCACCAGACUCUCAGGCCUGUGCUCUUUACUUUCAGGGAGGGACCUUAAAUCUAGGGCCCAUGGUCCAUAGGCUAAUUUUUGGCCCCUUUGGCCCUCCUCACACCCAUAUUUAUUAUACAGUUCCUUGUAUACAGGAAUAAGCAUUCAAUUAACAAGUAUAUGUGAAGAAAAAUAUGAAUUUAGAUAGUCAUCAUGUAAAACAAAUAAUGUUAUAAAUUUAAAACAAAUAUGAAACACAUUCAAAAUCAUUAUAGGGUUGCUCUAGGUUUUUUUCAAUCCUGUCCUACUUUUCAUGACUUCUUUGGGAUUUUCUUGGCAAAAAUACUGGAGUAAUUUGCCAUUUCCUUCUCCAGUUCAUUUUACAGAUGAGGAAACUAAGGCAAACAGGAUUAAGUGACUUGCUCAGGAUCACCCAGUUAUUAAGUGUCUGAGGCCAGAUUGAACUCAGGAAGAGGAAUUUUCCUUACUCUGGCCCCAGGAUUGUAUCCACUGCAUCCUCUAGUUGCCCCAUUACAGGGGAGGUGGAGCAUUUGACUGCUCACCAAAUGAUCUGAAGUUCCAAUGAUCAUAAUCGACAUCCCUUUAAUAUAUAAUUUUACUUGAACCUCAAAGGAAUCUUGUGAGGUGGGUAUUGCAGGGAUUACCUGUUUCAUAGAGGAGGAAACUGAGAUGCAGAGAUGAAUGACCUGCCCCUGGUCUCCCUGCCAGUUAGAUAUGAAUGGAGGAUGAGAAUCCAGGCCUUCCUGACCUUCUUUAGUUCUUUCUUUACCACAUUGUGCUACCUCAAGGUGCUACUUAGGGCGCCUAUUGAUUGUGAAAGAUAUUGGAACUCCAGCUCAACCUCUCUGAAAUUCCCAUAGUAUUAAAUUCCAAAAGAUGCUGCCUUAUUGUGAAUAUUGUAUAAGAUUCAAGUUUAAAAGGAUACUGUCAGUACAAGGAUACCAAGGUAGAAAGGGGGGUUAAAACAUUUCCUGUGAGGAAUACACAAGCAUAUUCGCUUAGUGUUUUCCCUGGGCUACCCCAGUCUCUUCCUCCCAUAUUAUAGUAUCUAUAGGUUGGAUCCUUCAUUGGCUCUUUAUCACAUUUUGCUUUGAAUUGUCAUUUGCCUUUUCACACAUUUUAGUCUUGACUUCCUAACUAGACUGUAAGCUCCUUGGGGGAAGGAAUUGUUUUUCCCAGUUAACCUUUUUUCUCUCUGUUGCAGGGGUCCUCAAACUGCGACCCACAGGCCAGAUGCAGCAGCUGAGGACGUUUAUCCCCCUCACCCAGGGCUAUGAAGUUUCUUUAUUUAAAGGCCCACAAAACAAAGGUUUUGUUUUUACAAUAGUCCAGACCUCCAGCAGUCUGAGGGACAGUGAACUGGCCCCCUAUUUUAAAAGUUUGAGGACCCCUGCAUGCAUGGCACAAUUCUCUGCACAAAUAAGGCACUGAAUAAAUGUGGCCAUUUAGACGAUUUUUCUCCAAAGAUAAAUGAAAAAGAAUGGAAAUUAACCCAGUGGAUUGUGGUUUGUUUUGUUAGUUUGUCUUUUUUUUUUUUUUUUUUUUUUUUGGUUAAGAAAUUACAAUUUCUUAAAUCAUGUUUGCACUGAAGAAAAGAAGGCAAGGAAAAGAACUGAGAAAUAGGAAGGCUUUGUUUUUCUCAUCAUUCCUUUCAGAAGUCUCAACUGAAAUACAGGAACUUAUGGUGUACAAAUUUUCCAUCUGUAUCUAUUCUUUCUUUACUCCAUUCUUUUCUCUCAUUUCUGGAACCUCAAAACUUUAAUUUUCUCCUGAACUUCACUGUCCUUAUUCUUCUUCUCUUUCACCUCCCUUAGUCUUCUCCUUUCUCAUCAACACUUAAAUCUUUUGGGAGAGUAAGCUUCUUGUUUUGUGUUCAGAUUAUCUUCAACACUGUUUAAAUUGUCAUAUGCCUUAAAAUAAAUGGGGCCAUUCUCUUGUAAGCCCUCAGCUUCUGCAUCUACUACAGUAUAAACAAGGAAUUUACUCUCUGAGUCAAGGGAAGAAAGAGCCAAAAUGGUGGGUGUUCUGCCUUCACUUAUAUUUUAAAGUAUAAGUUAUUUUUAAAAAUUUAUUUAUAUAUUUUACUUUUAAAUUUCUUUUCUCCCUCCCACCCCACUCCAUGAUACUAUUAUGUCUAUGUGAGUAUAUCUAUGUGUAUAUUAUGUAUUUUGUGUUACAAAAUCUGUCUUUUGUUACUAUUGUCGUUUUUCAGCCUUAUAAUUGUAGGAAUAAAAAUGCUCAUUACAGAAUUAUAUAUCUUAAAUGGUAUAUAUUUUAAAUGUAGAUAAUAUAUAUAUAUGCAUGCAUAUAUGUCCAUAUAUUUAAAUAUAAGCAUACAUAUACAUACAUACACACACAGACAUAUUAGUAUCAAAUGGUAGUCUUCUUUAGGAUGAGAAAGAAGGGAAAAGUAAACAGCAAAGAAUAAAAGAAAACUCGGGGAAACACAGAAAAGCAAGGUAAUUUUGAAAAUGAUGUAUUUAUUACAUAGAAUUAAAAAAAACUGCAGUGGUGGGCUCAUGGUUUCAUAUUGAAUCCUUUUUUGUGUGCUGUGGACAUAGAAAUGCUUUUUAUCUCCCUUUUUUGUAUUUAAGCUCAAAAUGAAUUUUAAAAAUAAAAGAAGCAUAUAUAAUACUGAAA